AGCCGGAAUCAAUUUACUUAAAAAGUCUGUGUUAACAAUUUAUUGAAGUAAUAGGAGUAGUGAAGGGAAAAGAAAAAACAUGCCUAAUAAUGAUUUUACCCGCAAGGGUGGCUCAGUUGGUUGAGCAUGGGGCUUUCAUAAUGGAGGUCUCAAGUUCGAAACCCCCUGCCUACGACAGCAGGGGAUUUGCCUUCUGGGUCGAACUCGUCGCACGGGGCUUGCCUAGUGCGGGUUACCUUUCCUGUGUGGUUUGCGAGCUAUUGCACAGGAGCUGGGUUUACCCUGUGCGCACCCGAAGGGUAGCGGCUGCGGGUUCCCAUGUCAUAAAAAAAAUAAUGAUUUUACCGGUGAUUUUAAUACUAUAGACUAUAAUGUUAGUAUUAUUAAGACACCUAAAGAGAGGUUGAUACAAUUCGAGAGUUAUGUGUUGAUACAAUUUUGUUUGUUGAUAAGAAUUUGUUUGGAAGCAGUUCUUUAUUUCGAGGGAGUAGUGUGUGUCGAAUUAAGGACAGAAAAGGAAUAAAAGAAGAAGAUUUGAUAGCAUAGAAAGAGACGACAGCAACAUAGAAAUCAAGUUGGAAUUGUAGUAGUGUUACAAUUUUGUAAUGAAGAAGGUAGAUAAAACAAUUGAAAAAUUAGAUCAUUGUCCGAACUCUGAAGUCAUAUUUAGGUUGUGUUGUUGCACUUCAUUUGCGAAGAUCAAAUUUCCAAGUAAAACAAUAGAGAGAAAUAUGAGUCGAGCAUUCAUUGGAAAGGAACCUGUUAUCCAUUUAAGAGGACUUCGUAAGUUCAAUAAUGUGAAUAUUUCUUUGGAAAUUCAGCAUGUUCUUUUUGGUCAGGAGUGAGAUGAGCAAUUUAUGUUUGUGUUGGCGCCUUUAACAGUUUUAAUUACUAAAAAAGAAGAAAUUAGAUCAUGAAUACUCAAAAUUUGUCUAAACGGAUCUAGAGAUCAAUGAUGCGUCUGACCCAAUUCGUGAUUUGAAUUUGAAAAUCUAGGGGAAAAGAGUAUAGAGAUAGCAAGGCAACACAUUGGCACAUAACAAGUUUACCGGAAGAUAAGAACUUCUGUUUACACGGAAAGAAGCAAUUAACCUGAAUAUUGCCUUGGUAGAGUCCCAAGUAUGAAGUGUUCUGAUGUAAAAAGCUUUUUAAUUUUCCUCCAGUAACACUAGCAUGUAUGAUGCAAGUGAAAAAAGCCAUCAGUGAAGUUUUGUUCUUUGUUCCGCUGGCUACCUUAUCUAUGUUUCUAUGAUGGCCCAAGAGCACGCUCACUAAAUUGCGGGCUUCAUCAAAUCAAUUUAUCUCAGUUUUCUCACAUCAGUUCUCUAUUUAUUAUUAAGGAUAUUAAGGUUACAAACAGUUAGGAAGAACACUCAGUUCUUUAGACCGACAUAUAUGGACCAAAUGAUGACAAGUCAACUUGUUCUCAUUGUCAUGAUAAUCAGUCACUGGAAUAAUUUUUCUUAGUAUGGAUGCCAAAUAUAGUAAAGUUUUUUUGAAGUACGAAAAAGGUUUUUUUCACAAUUUCUUUCAAUUAAAUUACUUUUGCUCUUAUGCAAAUUAACUAAAUCCUAAAUUACUUUAGGACAACUGUAGAGUUAAUUUUUUGUUUGUUGUAGAGGGAAUUAUUUCCUGUCGGUGCUUGACCUUUUUUGCCAAGUUAUUUCCUCCGUUAUUUACAUUAGGAACCUUAGUAAACAAUUUGAUUCUUUCUUGAAAAUGUAUUAAUUUUAGGAACACAAGACAAUUUCUUUCCUUCUUGAAAAGGUGUUUUCCUCUUUUAUUUAUUGUAGGAAUAGAAGACAUUUUGUAAUAAAAACACAAAAUACACAUACACGUACAUACGACUAAACUUACCAUGUAUAUAAUUCGAAUCCUACUAAAAUACUGCAGACAAGGCUGAAUUGUGGCCUGGUUAAACUGAUGAACUUCCUUGUUUCCCACGAACUUGAUCACUAUAUAUAUCCUUGCAUGUAUUAAACCUCAAUUGCAUUCACAAAAAUACACCCCUUCAAGAAUACCUUCAUAUUCUUGAAGGUGAGGAAAAAACAAUGGGAGCUUCAUUGACUGACGUAGGGUCCAGGCUUGCUGGACUAAUGUUCAUAUGGGGCACAAUUCAACAACUCUUCCCUCAAAUACUCCGCAAGCGUCUCGAAUCCUUCUGGAAUCGACUCGAAAAUUAUUUCUAUCCUUAUGUCCAGAUUACCAUUGACGAGUUCUCCAAUGAAAAAAGCAACGAAAUUUACAGAUAUGUCAACACUUAUUUGGGUACUAAGUCCAUCGACAAUGGUGCUAAGUAUCUCAAAGCUGAAAAGCCCGACAACAGCAAGUCUUUUGCUGUUAUCUUGGACGAAGGAGAAGAAAUAAUUGAUGAAUUCCAAGGGGCCAGACUCUGCUGGCGCAGUCACACGGAAAAAUUCAACAGCAAUUCUCAAGGCAAAUCCAAAAUACCGAUUGAAAAGAGAAGCUACACAAUAACUUUCGAUCAGCAACAUAGGGAGAUUGUCACGGGAAAAUACUUGAAGCAUGUGAUGGAAGAAGGCAGGGCAAUCGAGUUCAAGAAUAAGAAACAGAGGAUUUACUGUAAUGACAGUACUAGUUGGUGGGUUUUGGGUUUGUCCACUCUGUGGAAGCACAUCAAUUUCGAGCACCCUGCAACGUUUGAUACUCUGGCUAUGGACCCUAAGAAGAAAGAGGAAAUAAUUAACGACCUCAUUGCUUUUAGCAAGGGCAUGGAAUAUUAUUCCAACGUUGGCAAGGCGUGGAAGCGCGGCUAUCUUCUUUAUGGUCCACCAGGAACUGGAAAAUCAACUAUGAUUGCAGCUAUUGCCAAUUUCAUGAACUAUGAUAUCUAUGAUCUUGAGCUCACAUCCGUUGAUGAUAACUUGGAGCUUAAGAAGUUGCUCAUGGAAACAACAAGCAAGUCCAUUAUUGUCAUUGAAGACCUUGAUUGCUCCGUUGAUCUCACUGGUAAGAGAAAGCAGGAAAAGAAGAAAGAGGCAAAGAAGAAAGAAGAAACAAGCGACUCUGAUUCUGAUUCGGACUCGGACUCGGACUCAGACAGAAAAAAAAAUAAACGAAAAAAACUUACACUUUCGGGGCUGUUGAAUUUCAUAGAUGGAAUAUGGUCAGCCUGUGGUCAAGAGAGGAUUAUUAUAUUUACCACUAAUUAUGUGGACAAACUUGAUCCUGCUCUUAUACGUCGAGGACGAAUGGAUAUGCACAUUGAGAUGUCGUAUUGCAGAUACGAAGCAUUCAAAGUGUUGGCUAAGAAUUACUUGGGCAUUGAAACACACCCUUUGUUUGAACAGAUUCAAGGUUUAAUAGAGGAAGUAAACAUGAGUCCUUGUGAUGUGGCAGAGAGAUUGAUAGUCAAGAAUGCUUCAGGAGGGAUUGAGAUUUGCUUGAAUAACUUGAUUCAGGCUUUGAAAGAGGCCAAGCAAAAGGCAAUACAAGAUUCAAAAGAGGCCAAGGAAAAGGCAAUACAAGAUUCAAAAGAAGUCGAGAAAGAACCCAAGAAAAACAAAAAGUUGUCAACAAAUUUAGUCAGGAGUUGUGGCCGUUUAAAAAAGCUUUUUAGAUGAUGUUUUCAUAUUUGUCUUCUUAGGUAGCUGUUUAUUACUAUGUUGUUAUAUACACGAUAUAGCUUAUUAUGUUGUUAUAUACACACGAUUUAGUUUAUUUUAUGUUGUUAUGUUAUUCAUGGUUGUUUAUAAGUUGCUAAUUUAACAGAAUGGCUAGUUACCCUCCAAAAAAAUUAAUUUCUUUUCAAAAGAAAAAGUUUUGAAAGCUUUUUAUUUUUUAUUUUGAAUUUUUUUUCUUUUUUGAUUUUUUACACCCCCACCGUCCACCCUUACCCCUUACCCCCUUCCGAAUUUUCUACUUCAUAUUUAAUUUUACCUUUA